GCGGGCAGUCAGUCAGUUAGUCAGUUAGUCAGUCAAAGAGCUCGGCGGCUUCAUGGCCGGAGCUUGAGGGGCUGCCCGCCGUCUGCAACCGCGCUGCCCGCCCGGAUCAUGAGGGAAGAAGAGGCCGCGACCCCCGCAGCGACACCAGGGCCGGAGGACGCGCUCCCCGCCCCGGUCCUGGAGCGCUCGACCAGCCUGAGCCGGGAGCUGCCGCCCAAACUGUGCGGCUACCUGAACAAACUGUCCGGCAAGGGCCCGCUCAAGGGCUUCAAGAGCCGCUGGUUCGUCUUCGACCCCCGCCACUGCCACCUGUACUACUUCAAGGGGCCGAGCGACGCGCUGCCGCUCGGGUACAUCGACAUCGCCGAUGCCAGCUUCACCUACGACCUGGAAGCCGAGGAGGGGCAGCUGGAGAUCCGCUCGGCGGGGAGGGACUACACCCCCAAGGCUCCCAGCGCACAGGCUAUGAGAUACUGGCUACAACAGUUGCAACAGAGGAGGUGGGAGUUUAGUAACAACUGCACCGUUGGACAAAGAGAUAAUCGCACAUUGUCCCAUUUCCCAGAUUCAGCUACAGGUCUAGUUGCUAAAGAUAAUGAUGCUCCCUUUCCUCCGCAAAUGCCGGAUAUUGCUGAGAGUGCAAGAAGAGUAUUGGAAGAAGAGGUUGCCCCGGAGACCCUGGUGGGUGAGCGAGCAGCAAACUAUCCAUCUCCAAUAAACCCCACGACCAUUAACUUCUCCUUGAAGCACUUGGGCACAGAGAUCAGAAACUCAAUGUCAAAUCUGAAACCAGGAAAAGGUAACACCGAAAAUCGGAAAAGUAUGUUCUACACGGACGAUUGGGUGCUGCUGGAUCCAACCCUGAAAGAGUUGGAAGAGGCUGUAGGGCAGGACGAAAAGAGGAAAAAAGAGCCUGCUGAAUCAAGUAGAGGAUCAGCAUUUGCUUUUGAUUUUGCAAAAGCAUCACAAAGAGCUAAACGGCCAUUCUUGAGGGAUAUAAUCGGAACAUCAAGGUCACGAAAUAACGGCGAGUCAUCUCCUGUAGAGUGUGUCAUUACUAAUGGAAAGCCUUCAACAGAGAUUCAGUUGAGAAUUCAAGCUCAACAAGAGGAAUUGAACAAAGUGAAAGAAGACUUGAGCAGUCAAAAGGAGCUGGUCCGCCUGUUACAGCAGUCAUUGAAAUGUUCCCAACAGGAAAAGUACUCUCUGAAUACUGCGUGUGGAUCUGUGGAUCACAGCAUGGCACAGCGUCUGCAUCAGAAAGACCAACAAAUACAAGCCCUGAACAAGCAGCUGGACCACGUUAACCAGCAGAAAGAUCACAUGGAGCAAGAAGUGAAAGCAUUUCAAGAUAAACUUACUGGGACGAGGGACCAGCUUAACAUGUUCAGAGAAACCAUCCAAGCCAAAGAUGAAGUGAUUGUGAAGUUAUCGAGGCAGCUCAAUGAAUGUGAGAACAAUCUCUCGCCCCAAGGAGUGUCGCCAGGUGGACCCUCAGUGAACAAGGAACUGCAGGAGUUGAACAGGCUGAAGGAUGCUCUUCAGGGUUACAAGACUCAGAACAAAUACCUGAACAAGGAAAUCUUAGAACUAUCUGUGCUUAAGAGAAAUGCUGAGAUGAGAGAAAAUGCUCUGGAAGCAAAGUGCACCAGCCUAGAAGCUAGACUGUGCCAGGUAGAGAGCAAGCAUCUCGUACUCCUCCAGGAAGUGAAGAACCCUGUGUGUUCUGGGGAAAAAGGUCCCACGCAUGAAGUAAUCUCCAGACUCUUGGAAGAUGCUCUGAAAGUGGACAGCGCCGAUCAACCGGAGCAAACCGUUCUCAAGCCAAAUCCUGUCAGUGAGUAUGACAUUUAUGGCUUCAAGACGGUCCCUGAAGACAGUGAAGAGGAGACAUUGAUUGCCAAAGUUCGAGCUCUAGAUUUAAAGUCACUAACACUCACUGACAGCCAAGAGAUUUCCACGGGGGUGAAAUGGGCAAAUUACUUUGCCGGCACCAUGAACCGUGAAAUGGUGCGCUCACCGGAACUGAAGAGCCUCAUUCGUUGGGGUGUUCCUCAUGAACAUAGGUCAAAGGUGUGGAGGUGGUGCGUUAACCUCCACGUCAGGAAGUACAGAGACAGAUGCGGGCUGGGAUACUUUAACUCCUUGCUGGAGAGAGCACGAGAGAAACAGAACCCUGCCUCCAAGCAGAUCGAGCUGGAUCUUAUGCGCACUUUGCCAAACAGUAAGCACUAUGCCUCACCCACCUCUGAAGGAAUACAGAAACUUCGAAACGUUCUGCUGGCAUUUUCCUGGAGGAAUCCGGAUGUUGGAUACUGCCAAGGCUUAAACAGGUUGGCAGCGAUAGCACUUCUGUACCUAGAACAAGAAGAAGCCUUUUGGUGCCUCGUUGCCAUCACGGAGUGUUUUAUGACCCCAGAUUAUUACACAAAGAACCUGAUCGGGUCACAGGUUGACCAGCGGGUGUUCAAGGACUUGCUGAGUGAGAAGUUGCCACGGUUACACGCACACUUUGAACAGUACAAGGUGGACUUUUCGCUCAUCACGUUUAACUGGUUCCUUGUGGUGUUUGUGGACAGUGUUGUCAGCGACAUCAUGUUCCGCAUCUGGGAUUCGUUCCUGUACGAAGGUCCAAAGGUUAUAUUUCGAUAUGCACUUGCAGUCUUCAAGUUUAAGGAGGACGAGUUUGUAAAGCUUCAGGAUUACAUGUCCAUAUUCAAGUAUCUGAGAUACUUCACUCGCACGAUCCUCGAUGCACGGAAGCUCACCAGUAUUGCCUUUGCGGACAUGAAUCCUUUUCCAAUGCGCCUGAUCCAGAGUCGUCGAGCUUUCCACUUGGAGAAGGUGCGGCAGGAGCUGAGUGAAUUGGAAAUAAUCCGCCAGGACUUUCUGCGGGAACGUGAGACUGCAGCCCCCGACAGGAGGGACGUCAUCAGCGAUGACGACGAGGACACCUAGUCGCACCCUCAGUCUCACCAUAAAAACGGGGGACUAGCUGAAUAACUAGGAACACAAGGAAAGCUAGCUUUCCCACUGGAUUGUUGUGUUUGAGCCCCGCAGCUACAUCUAUACGUGCCGCUCGCUCUAGAUACCAGUCGCCCGGUUCCCAGCUGGGCCAGAGAGGGGGUUGCUGUGUGGGUGAAUGUUCAGACGUGAAUCGCUCAUCGCAUCUUGUAAGAUGGGCCACCUUUAGGCUUCUGUUUCUUUGGCCCAUUAUUAACAGGGCUCUACUUUCAAUUGAAUGUUAUUUGGAGGUGAGUGGCUCUUGCACGUCUAAAAGAAUGGGUGAAUGUUUCUUCUAAAAAUGUGCUGGGCAUAUUUCCCCGCGAUUCCGCACAUGCCAUCGAACUAAAGGUACAGCUGUGCCAGAUACACACGCGGCACACUGUGCUAACUGUUUGAUCUUUGCAGUGGCAAAGAAAUGUCAGUUUUGGUCACUGACUCAUGGGACCAGUUUCAAUAGUUUUGACAGUAAGUGUUAUUUGGAAAUCUUGUCCAGUGAUUUCCAUCCGUAGGCAUUUAUUCUUUGUGUUUUACAUAUCAAUAUUUUGGGAAGCAGGCUUCCUGGACCAAAACAAAAUGUUGGGGAAAGAGUGCCUUAAAAUCUCUCAGCAUGUGAUGUCCCUUUAAAUGGAGAAAGGGAAUCUGGGCUCCUAGAUAUAUUUUAGCCAUCCUUGCUCAGACUAUCAUUUCACUACAAUUUUGUGUAUUGGAAAUGUUAUUGAUAACUCUUGGUUUAAGCUUUGCUUCCAUUAAGAAUAUUCACCAGAAGUAUGAUCACAUGUUUACAUUCCAAAUGAACUUAUUGAAAAUAAGGAAUAGCACUCAAUCCGCGCGUCUUUAUUAAGAACUUGAAUUAUCCUGUCACUUCUCUCUCAUUUUGUCCCAAAUUGUUUUGUAUGUGUGUUUUAUCUGACACAGUCUUACCUGUAUGUAUAGUCUUAAAUGGUACCUAGUAACUGAUAGUCUGUAUCUUCCACUGAUGUAGAAGUGUGAGUAAGACUGGGUUUGACUUCAAGUGGCUACUGAGGUAACUUAGCCCUAAACUUCUAUUAACAUAACUGGGUGGAAGAUCUUGCCAUGAUCUCAGCCUCAUUGUGCUGGGCUUCGACUAAACACCUAAUGUGCCACAUGUUAAUUAGCACAGAAGAAGCUAGCUGUUUUGGUGAAGUAAGAAUGUUUUUAAAAAAUGAAGCGUUUGUUCCAUGAACUUCAUUGAACCAAGGUCGUUUUGCUUAUUUUUUGACUUUCAGCUAAACUCUUGCUCGUCCUUGUCAAUCCCUAUUUGACUACAGGAGGUUGGAAGAAUGCAGCAGGAUCACAACCCCUUGAGUGCACUUUGUUUAUUGUAGUCUACAAAGAGUUGAAAUAUAAUGUUCAUAAUUUUAUUGGUUCAGAACGAUCUCAUGCACUGGGUUAACAAUAGUUGUCAUGUUGAUAUAUCGCGAGCAUCUGGACCAUGUUAUCAGCUGAGUGAUUGUUGAUUCUUUCCACACGGGCGGGUUUGUGUCUCAUGUCAUUUGUCAUAUACCUGUAUAACCAGCACCUAAAGAAAGCAAUAUAUAAAAUAAUGUUGUACACAGAA